CUCAGUCUCUACCAUUGUCGACAAUAUUCAUCCGCGGUCUCUAGAGUAUACGACAAUUACAACUUCCCGUCUACGAGAUCCAACAAGCAUCACGAACAUCACCUAUCGAGUCCCUCCUUUCCCUCGACGAUCGACAACCACAAUGCAACAGCUCCCCCCCUUCCAAACCAUCUACAUCUCCACCUCCCCCUUCGACAUCCACGUCUCCCGCCCGCGCCCCCUCCUCCUCACCUUCCCCCAACCCCAAUAUCCCUACGCCCCGCCGCGCCCACCCCCCCCCGUCUUCUCCACCUCCUACCCCUCCUACGGCCGUCCCUUCUCCAGCAAACCCACCGUCGCCAUCCACCGCGGCGACCCUUCCGGCCCCGUCAUCGGCACCGGGCACGCACCUACCCUGGGAUCUACAUGGAGCAUCGCCUUCUUCGGCCUCGGCGGCGAGGGGAAGAUGAGCUCGGAGAUGUUCGCGCAGAGCUACACGGCGUUUCUACCGGCGGCGCCGCCGUCGGUGGGAGGAGCCCGGGGAGUUGACGUCGAGGGCGCACAGGAGCGUCAGAGUUUGGGUUUGCUUCAGGUUGAUUGUUAUGAGCUAUGAUCUGUGUCAAUAUCAGCUGUAUGAUACGAAUCCACUUCAGCGAGACUGGACGGGUGCUUCCGCCCUGCACAUCAAUGCGGAAUGUGAUGCAAAUACUGUUGAGCAUCAAGCGGGGAUGCCCUCUCUUGUCUUGGUAUUGUUGUUGGAUAGUGGAACCCUUUCACAAGACAAGCUCCGUUCAUUUGAGGA